AGUUGUGCAGAAGUUGCAAGGACAUGAGAGGAAGAACGCAGGCAGGCUGUCUCCAGCAGAUCUCUGAGGUGACCUGUGACACGCUGGGAGGAGUUUCGUAAGCCUGCAGUCGGACACAUCACAUGUUUGACCAGAGACACAAACAUGGCAUCAGCACUGAGGAUCUAUUGGUUGCUCGCUGUAAGCUUUGUGUCGGCGCACGCUCAUACAGUAAAUACACGGCUCCAGCGCGGUGCAGCUGGGAGACUCUUUGUUCUCAAGUGCAGCCUCAGCGUCAACAUCAGUUGGUGGAGAGAAGGGAGGAACUUCAGCCUGCCCAGUGGAGUGGAGGUCAGAGACCGACUACUGUGGUUUGUGCCAUUACAGUUGUCUCAUCAAGGAAGCUACACAUGUGAGAGCAGAGGGACGACCAAAAGGAUGCAUUUUAACGUGUCAGUGACCGAUGACGAGUGUCCUGCUCCGGCUGAGACCAGAUCAGCUUGCCUCAAUGUCAGCACUAGUCUUUCCUGCAAACAGAGAGAGGUCCUGAAUCUGAAUGCCACAAAGGUACAGUGGCUGAAAGAUUGCCGCUCAUUGGAGCAACCAGGAAAUUCUGUCUGGGUGAAUGAAGAUGGUUACUUAAGACUUCCUGCAGUCACAGAGAGGGAUGCCGGGAAGUACACCUGCUUGGUGACUGUCAGCUUCAACGGCAGGACAUACACAUCUGCGCGCAGCAUCCAGCUGCUUGUUGACCACAGCUCAGCAGAUUCCUUCAUUGCUCAACCCCUGGUGGUGUCUCCUGAGCAUGAGGAGAAACAUGUGGACUUGGGAGCCAGAGAGGAGCUGACUUGUGUGGCCUAUAUUGGUGUCAGUGAGAACGCAGACACUAUCAUGUACUGGACCGUCAAUGGGAGCUUCGUUGAACUUGAUAAGCUUCUUCACAUGUCGGUGCCUGUAUUCAAUUCCAACAGGGGAAGGGUGUUAGGAACCUUAACUCUGACUGUCUCUAAAGUUCUACGUCGACAUCUUGAUGUACCCUUUCACUGCAUAGUCACAAACACAGCAGGACAAAGUGAGGGGAAGGUGCUCCUUCACGAAGCAGACCACAGCUCUUUCUACAAGUGGAUGUCUCUCUGCCUCGCUAUCCCGUUGGCUGUUUCCGCUCUGGCUGCUUGUUUGUUCUUCAACAGAAUUGACCUCGCAUUAGCCUACAGGAAGUUAAUGCGACAUCUUGGGAAGCUGGAAGCAUCCGAUGGAGGUGUGUACGACGCCUACGUGAGCUUCCUCAAUUCAAAUGAUCUCAGCUCAAGCAAGCCUGAAACGUUCGCUCUUCAAGUUUUGCCGGAGAAGUUGGAAAACCAACAUGGCUACUCCUUGUACAUCAGCGGUCGAGACGACUGCCCAGGAGAAGCCAAACAUGAAGUCAUUGCUGACACCAUGAGAAAGAGCCGCAGACUGCUAAUCAUUUUGUCAGCACAGCCACUGUCAAUGAAUGACAAAAACCAAGACUGUCCCUUACUUCACAAGCAAACACAGUAUGAGCAAGCACUGGGCCUGCAUGAUGCUUUGACCCACAACAGCCUAAAAGUGAUUCUUGUGGAAGUAGAUGGUCCUGUGGACUACAGUCGUCUACCGGAGUCCCUACAAUAUGUUAAGAGGAAACAAGGCGCUAUAAAGUGGAAAACAAAAACUUCAAAUAGACAGUUUUGGAACAAACUACUAUACCACAUGCCACCUAUACCAGCCAGCAGAAGACAUGCUACAAUCUGAAGAUAAAGAAAAUCUGGGUGAAAAGAGAACUCCAAAGACAAGCUCACCAUGGGGACAUCGACUGCUCAGUGUUUUGGCUCAACUAAAAAAGAACACAUUCUCUGCUUAAUACAUGUUUAACUAGUAACAAAAAUUCAUGAUCCGCUCAUUCAUCAGAUCAACAGCAAUAUUUAUGAUUAAUCCUUUUCUGGGCUGCUCCCCAUUUUACAUUAUAAAAAUGUUGAUGUGUGA